GGUUAGCGUACUCAAGCCUUGCCUCAGUAGAUGUCUGCGUAUCUACAGCAGUACGUUAAAAAAGUAUCAUCAUUUUCUGUUUCCCGUGGACCAAGUAUCUUACUGAAAGAUUUGUUGUGAGGAAAUAGCUCAAGCUUAAUUCUAGUAGUUGGAAACUAUUAAAUCCUAGUAAGUAAGGAUGGCAGGUUUUCUUAACGCUGCGCUACCAUCUGACGAUGAGGAGGAUGACGACUACAACCCUGUAGCUGACGACACCGCUGAGCGCGAGGAUCUUCCCCAAGCGGCAGGCCCAAAACGAGGAGCAAGCAAAAAGCGCAGACGCGGCGUUGCCAUCGCCGCAGAGGGAGACGGCAACGAUGGGGAGGGAGGUGGCGACGAUGACGGCGCAGAAGGAGCCGAAGAUGAGGACGAGGACGAGGAAGAUGAGGAGACGCGAGCGGCAAGGGACCCCAAGUUUGCUGCCAAGCGUGCCAAGGUGGCAUCGCUCUGGGAGCAGGUCAACGCGCGCGCGGCGGCUAAUGGCACCGGUGUGGCGGCUCGGCUGCCCUCUGCUACCGUGAACCUCGCGGCGCUUUGUCGGUCGGGAGCUUCCGGCGGGAAGAAGGCUGCCAAACCGGCGAACCCUGAUGCGAUCUGGAUGCGCAGUCUGGGGCUGCUGCCUAAAAAGCAACCCACCGCAGCAGCACCCGCAGCAGCCGCGCACCCACCCUCCACAAAACCAAAACCCGCGGAAGACCACCCGCUGCUACAUCCUUCCGGCACCGCCCCUACCGCCGGCGAGCCGCCCUCCACCUCCGGGGGUCCAGGCAUUCCGGGACCCUCAUCACCCGCAGCAGCAGCAGCAGCAGUGGCGGAGGCAGCCGGGCCGUCCACAUCCGCUCCUGCAGCAGCAGCAGCACCACCCGCAGCAGCAGCGGGGGGCCCUACCGCGGAGGAGAAGCGCGCGCUGGCUGCUGCUGCGCUGGCUGCUGCGCGUGACGCCGGUGCGGCGGGCAGUCGGGUGGGCAAGGUGGCGGUGACGGAGGUGCGGCGAUUCGCGGGCAAGGAUGUGCAGGUGACGCUGCAUGUGGACAAGGACAGCCGGGAGGCGCAGCGGGCCGCAGCCCGGGCCGCCGCACCGCCCCCCCCGCCGGCCUCCGCCUCCUCGGGCCUGGAUGCGGUGCUGGCGGAGAUUGACAAGAAGAAGAAGGUGAGCGUGCUUGACAAGACCAAGGCCGACUGGAGCGAGUACAAGGCUGCCAACACGGAGGUCGAUGAGGAGCUGGAGAUGUACAAGAAGAGCGGCGAGCAGUACCUGGACAAGCAGAACUUCCUGAAGCGGGCCGAGCUGCGGGAGUACGAGAAGGAGCGAGACACGCGGCUGGCCUCGGACGUGCGCACCCGCGGCAGGCUGUAAGCUGGGGACACUCCGAGGCAGGCGGCAGCGGCAGCAGGCGGACGAUGAUUCCGAUGCAGGAAGGCCGGCAGCGGGAGAUGAGAAGGGGAAGGCGGUAGCAGGCGGGGGAGGAGCGGGGAGGGCUGCAGAGGGCUGCAAGGCGGCGUUCGUUGUGCGCAUGCGGGGAUUGCUGUGGCUGGCAGCGUUGCCGGUGUGCCGUACAAUGGAAACGGAGGAGUGGAGCCGGGGUUGGAGGCGAGGUGCGGGUGACAGCGGGAUAGGAGGGUGGCCAGCCAGUGCCAACGGCAGUGGCAGAUCGCCCUCUCGCCUUUUGCGCCAGCGCCAAAGCGAUGUAGGGUUAGGGCUUUGGGCGCCUACGCCAAUACAGGCGCUAACCUCCAGUAUAGAAUGUUCCUGGAGGUGUUAAAAGGUUUGCGAAGGUAUCUACAUGUGUCGAUGGUGGGCGCGCUGCUUAGUAGCACGGCAAUGGAGUACCGGUAUCUCAGCAAAACGCCGUUGUAACUACUCGAUUUAUGUUGAUUAAAGCAUUGUAACUACUCCGUAACAGUAC